GGCAACGCUGUAUUACUGUCAUCAGUGUCAGUGACUGGAGCUGUAAGUUUUUUCCUCUUGCUUUUGGAGAUUGUAAAAUAAGCACUUUACGGCCCACAUUAGAAAGCCUGUGAAAUAAGCAAUCAUGAGUCGGUUCUUUGCUGGAUCAGAUUCCGGCUCGGACAGCUCCUCUGAGGAGGAAGUUCAGCGUCCUGCCGGACCAACUAUAUUUACUUUUUCUGAUGAUGAGGAGGAAGUCAAAAGGGUAGUUCGUUCUGCGAAGGAGAAGCGCUAUGAAGAACUCACCAAUCUUAUCAAGCAGAUUAGAAACUUUAAAAAAAUCAAGGAUAUGUCAAGUAUGCUAAACAGCUUUGAAGAUCUACAAAAAGCUUAUGUAAAAGCCACCCCAGUCAUAGUAAAGGAAGAAAAUGGGCAAACUCCGAGGUUUUAUGUCAGAUGUCUUGUUGAAAUGGAAGACUUUAUCAUUGAAACUUGGGAAGAUCGGGAGUUUAGAAAGAACAUGAGCAAAAAUAAUAGUAAAUCAUUGGCUUCGAUGCGCCAAAAACUAAGGAAAUAUCUUAAGGAUUUCGAAGCUGAUAUCGCAAAGUUCAGGGAGACCCCUGAUCAACCCGAUGACGAUGAAGAAGAAGAGAAAGUUGAAGUGAAAGAAGAGUCCGACGACGAGCAACCGGCUAAGAGCCAAGUCGUUCAAACGCCGGCUGCUGCUUUGCCAGUUAGAGACUCAGAUUCGGAUUCUGAUGACUGGCCAUCUGAUAGUGACAGUAGCUCAGAUUCUUCAGAUGACGAUGGAAAAUACACAAACAUGAGAGAUAAGUUCAAGAAGAAUAAGGAAGAAGACAAAGAAAAAGAGAAAAGGAAAGAAGCAAAACGCAAAGAAAGAAAGGAGAAGGACAUCAGAAACCUUAAAAAGCAAGCUGAAGAAGAGGAGGCCGAUGGAGAGGGAUGGGAGAAAGUUAAAUAUGGAAUCGCCAUUCCCAGUGAGAAGCCUAAAAUGUUUGCAAAAGAUGCUGAAAUUGAUUUGAACUUGGUUAUCAAAAAGCUAAGUGAAAUAAUGGCUGCCCGAGGCAAAAAGCGAACGGAUCGCCGAGAGCAGAUCGAAUUACUUCAUGAACUGCAGACAAUAUCUGACCAGCACAAGUUAGGUCCUGCUAUUUUUGUGAAAAUUAAAUUGGCUAUUAUCUCAGCCAUUUUUGAUUAUAAUCCUAAAGUGUCUGACGCCAUGAAGACUGAGCACUGGACUAAAUUGCUUGAAAGGAUGAAUGAAAUGCUUGACCUUUUACUAAGUAACCCUGGUUUAAUGGUGGCUGAUUCUGUUACUGAAGAAAGUGAGAGUUUGGAAGAACCUCCCUUCAAGAUCAGAGGUUGCGUUCUUACUUCCGUUGAACGUCUCGAUGACGAGUUUACUAAAUUGCUAAAAGAAUGUGACCCUCAUUCGAACGAGUACGUUGAAAGACUAAAGGAUGAGUCUAAAGUGUCUACUAUUAUCGAUAAGACCAUGAAAUACCUGGAACGAACCAAUGUGCCUUCCGAGUUAUGCAGAAUUUAUUUGCGUAAAAUAGAACAUGUCUACUACAAGUUUGAUCCCAGAGUCUUGCAGCAAAAAAGCGGAGAAUUACCCGAGGAUCACAUACACUCUGUUCAAGAAACGGAUAAACUUUGCAAGUUUAUUUAUGCGAAGGAUAAUACGGACCGUUUGAGGACAAGAGCGAUUUUAUCGCAUAUUUAUCAUCAUGCUUUGCACGAUAAUUGGUUUCAAGCUAGAGAUCUAGUGCUAAUGUCUCAUUUGCAAGAAACUAUUCAACAUUCUGAUCCAAGCACGCAAAUUUUGUAUAACCGAAUGAUGGCUCAUCUCGGACUCUGUGCCUUUAGACAUGCUAAUAUUAAGGAUGCCCACAACUGUUUGGUAGACCUCAUGAUGACUGGAAAGCCGAAGGAAUUGCUUGCUCAAGGUCUUUUACCACAACGGCAGCAUGAACGUUCCAAGGAACAAGAAAAAAUUGAAAAGCAACGGCAAAUGCCCUUUCAUAUGCAUAUAAACUUGGAAUUGUUGGAAUGUGUAUAUCUCGUUUCUGCCAUGCUGAUCGAGAUUCCGUAUAUGGCAGCGCAUGAAUUCGAUGCUCGUCGCCGCAUGAUUUCUAAAACGUUCUACCAACAAUUGAGAUCUUCCGAAAGGCAGAGUUUGGUCGGUCCCCCAGAGAGCAUGAGAGAACAUGUGGUGGCAGCUGCCAAAGCUAUGCGGAACGGAAAUUGGUCUGCUUGCAACAAUUAUAUCAUUAAUGAAAAGAUGAAUGCCAAAGUAUGGGAUCUUUUCUAUCAAGCCGAUUCUGUAAGAUCGAUGCUCACAAAGCUCAUUAAAGAAGAAUCGCUGAGAACAUAUCUGUUCACGUAUUCACACGUGUACGACUCAAUUUCAAUGUCAACGUUGGCAGCAAUGUUUGAGCUGGACAAACCUGUGGUUCACUCAAUCAUCUCCAAGAUGAUUAUUAAUGAAGAACUUAUGGCUUCGUUAGAUGAUCCCACGCAGACUGUAGUGAUGCAUCGCAGCGAACCAUCGCGACUACAGUCUCUAGCUUUACAGCUGGCUGAUAAAGUGAAUAACUUUGUGGAUUCAAACGAAAGAAUUCUGGAAACCAAGCAAGGAAACUUUUUCUUGCGUGGAGCGAAUCAGGGCAAUUUCCGAGGCGACAGGCAAAACUAUAGAGGUGGCAACAACCAGAAUUGGGAUAGGCAACGUCGCGAUCACAGAAAAGACAACUAUUAGAGAACUAGAAGUAGAAGUUUUCUAUUUUAUUGACUUAUAUUAUAUUGACUUCUUGGUGUCGUGGUAACAUGAUAAGUCAAUAUCAAUAAACGCAUUUUCAGGAUUUCA